AUGGAUGCUUUAGUGAAGACAAUCGACGCCAUACUCUUUGUGAUGUUUGCAAUAACUGCAGUGAACGCGGUGCUGAUAGACGUCCAGUUGUGUCUGCCAGCAAGCUUCUUCUCAAGCUCGCUGGCGGAGCUCAAAAACUGGUACGUCCGUGAGUUCGACGAUUAUCUUGGCAAAGAGAAGCCUCAUUUCUUCCUUGGCCUCAUAUGGGUUGAGCUCGUAUUCCAGUGGCCUCUUCUGGUCGCCAACUUGUAUGGGAUUUGGGCCGCUAAACCAUGGUACAACACCACCUGCUUGGCCUAUGGCGCCUCUUUCUACACCACCAUGGCCGCUAUAUUAGCAGAGCUCAUAGGGUCGGGCAAGGCAUCUAAUAAAAUGUUAAAGUUGUACUACCCUGCUAUGGGGUUUGCUCUCCUGGCCAUCCUGCAGGGGCUGCUCCCUCCUCCGUCCGCCACUUCUUCAACCGGUGGCAGAGGAACAACCAAAAACGGUGGGCCCACCAAAGAAAAAGAAGAUGAUUUAGAACUCAAAUCUUUCAUCAAUUUUCCUUUUUUCAAUUCUUUUUCCCUUGAGGGAGACACAUUCCUCCUGCUUCUUGUUCAACCUUAG